AUGGACAAUAACCCAUUUUUAAUGAGCGACGUGGAUUGCUUUGGGGACACAUCGUCGAAUCCAUUCUUGAGCGGGUUGCCUAGCAAGGUAGAGCUGGAAAUAGAACCGUUCGGGAUUCCUGAUGCUGCAGACUACAACCCCGAUUUAAAUCCUUUCCUCUCGGCCAUGGAGGAUUCGAACAACACCUUCAUGAAUUUAGUGCCAUCAAACAACAACAUAUUCGACAUUGAGCAUUCUGUGCCAACAUUCAAUAUUCAAUCAGCGAAUGAGCCUCAGAAAUCUACAAGUGAAACUAAAGACUUGAUUAUGAGCAUCACCAGUUUCAUGGACAACGCCUCUGAAGCUCUCCUUAACCAAAUGGAAAUCGCGAGGACCCCUAUUCCUUCCCCUGAUGCCGAACUCCAUCUCGUUCCAUCCCGAGAUAGCCCUGUUUUUGGAGCCAGCCCCGAUCCACUAAUCUUCGAGCAUACCGGGCCAAAAUCUUUCAACCCGUUCGCUGAAUUCAUGGACGUGUCCGUGGAGCCGAGUGCUCCUGUCCACUACGAUGCUUCUAGUUUUGGAGGUGGUAUUUUCUCGCUUACAAGUGAACCAGAACCAAACUUCUUUUCCCCGAACGCAACUCAUCAACCUGAAGCCUCAGAAGCUCUGCUUGUGGAUCUGUUGAGCGAUGGUAUUGAGGAUGCAUCGACCGUUCCGUUUAUUCCGAUGAAAACCAGUUUGCUCGAUGAGGACAUAGUUAUGGAACCAUUACCACCAAUACCGCCGUCGAUCGUCGAAGACACUCUGUCUGCAGUUUCGCCGAUCGAAUCUGUGGCUGCAGUUGCCGAAGAAACCGUUUCGAGCUUUGAAGCAUUCCACGCGCCACGAGCGGGCACACGACCUCCACCACCAAAACCGCCGCCGCCACAUCGACCUCCUCGCCCGGCUGCACCGUCAACCCCUGAUCGCAAUAUGUCUUUGGGUUUGACUUCCUCGCCUGUCUUGGAUACAAUUCCUUCACCGAUGCCAGCGUCGAUGUUGAGCUCGAGACAAUCUUCUGCGUCAGCAUCGCCGGAAUUCUCCGCGGUGCCGUCAAUUGCAGAGUUAUUGAGUCAGCCGGUGAGGACCAUAUUGGCGGACCAGUUUGCGACGGAGCAGAUCGUGAAAGAUGAUCCGAACAGACUCAGUGCAGUUCUUGAAUCGAUGACCGGAGGAUAUUCGCCUACAACGAAUUUGAGUGGGGAUGCCUUCAAUCAUGUUGAGGAAGAUACCCAACGAGAUGAUGCUCCAACGGGUCAGUUUGCGUCGAAGCCCCAGAUUUUUCAACCCGGGCCGGAAGUCGCCAUCAGUCGUCCCUCAACAAAAAAAAUUGAUCCUUCUAUAAUGAGUACGACAGCGUGGUGCGUUCCGCCGCCUCCGACAACCAAAAUCCAGUCGCAAGAUAGCAUUGAAUUCGAUGCAUUCGCUUCUCGUUUUGAAAGUGCUACUCUUCCCGAUGACUUGCCUGAUCCAUUCGGAGAUUCAAGUGCAUUCGGUGAGAGUUUGAUGUCGAUGGAUGCAGGAACUCUAGGGUUCGAAAACACGGAUUCAUCUAGUGAUGCUUUCUUGUCCAUGACGGAACCUCCGCCUGUUCCCAAAACUACCCCACUCCAUGGUCCCAAUGAAAACUCCUUUCAGACGCUUGCUACCAGAUAUGAAGCUGAACGAGGGCCAUCUCCAAUCAUACCCAUGUCCUUACCAGGGCUUAGAAUGGCCGCCGCAGAUCUGGAUUCGCCUGAAUCGGUUGGUCGCGUACAGGUGUUCGAAAAUCCCUUUCUCGCCGGCGUAACUCCAGCGGAUGGAGAAAACGGCAUGAAAGGUGAUGAUACAGCGGCUUCUACUCCAUUAUUCGAGCUGGAUCAAACAGAAACCUUGUUACCCUUCCCGCGCACUACCUGGGAAGAAGGAGUUGAUUUUGUAUCAUGGGAAAUGCAAAUGCGUCAUCCACUAAAAAAAAAGCUUACUGGCCAACGCUUUUGGAAGAAGAUAUUCGUUAAACUUACGCAUAGUGGCAACAUACAAGUUUUCACGGACGCGAAUGACAAAGAGCCGAUUCAAGAGUUGCCCUUGCAACCAUCGUAUUGUGUAUCAGAAAUAGCCGCGCAACAGUUCGAUCAGUUUGGCAAGAUAUUCACGCUGAAAGUGCAGUAUGUGUAUUAUAAAGAACGUCCGGGUGUCAGGCCGGGCCAAAUCUCAAAAGCUGAACGCUUAACUUCGCGUUUAUCCCAAUUCGCGUCUUAUGCUAUUGCCGGUGACUUGGCGGGGGUUAAGGAAUUUGGUUCAGACAUCAAGAAACUAGGUGUUCCAAUAGAACAUACACCUCAAGUUUCUGAGCUAAUGAAACUGGGCUCGCAUUCGUAUGAAGACCUCAAAAUGUUCUCGCACCUCGUUGAAGAGCAACUUUUCAAGCUCACGCUUCAUCGAGACAGAAGCUUGACGUAUAAGCAAGAAGAAAUCCAGAUCACGGUGGUGGACGAGAUUUUCAUUGAACAGGAGCUUAUGGGACAUGUUACCUGCAAUAUUGCACGAAUGCCUGAAAUUGAGUUGGGACUGAACGACUUGGAUAGACAAGGAAAAGAAGUCGUCGGCCGACAUGACAUUUUGCCAGUUGUGACUGAAGAAUGGAUUCGCCUCGAAGAUGUCGAUUUUCACUCCGUAAUUCUCGCCGGUAGGUUCAUCCCGCCCGAUGCAACUUACAUCGAAUUACUAAGAUUUAGAGUGCGUCCGCCGAAGAACCGAGAAUUGCCACUACAGGUUAAGACUGUCAUAAACAUCAGUGGUAAAAAGGUGGAAAUUCGUGCAGAUGUACUAGUUCCGGGAUCAUCGGGACGGAAAAUGGGUCCAGUGCCUUGCGAAGAUGUUGCCAUUAGGUUCCCCAUACCCGAAUGUUGGAUAUACAUGUUCCGUACCGAGAAACAUUUUCGUUACGGAUCUGUCAAAUCCGCACAUCGUCGGCAUGGUAAGGUGAAGGGAUUGGAGAGAUUCCUCGGUACAGUUGAGACUAUGGAACAAGCAAUGAUGGAAGUCUCGUCUGGUCAAGCGAAGUAUGAGCAUCACCACAAAGCUAUUGUCUGGCGAAUGAGCCGUUUACCCAAAGAAGGUCAAGGUGCGUAUACAACCCAUACGUUCAUCUGCCGUCUCACCUUAACUACUUACGACUCCUUACCCGAGUCUAUGGAGAAAUACUGCUUCGUGGAGUUCACCAUGCCAGCAACAACAGUGUCUCAUUGCGUCGCACGUUCUGUGUCUUGCAAUCUUGAUGAACCACCGGAGAAAUACGUAAAAUAUCUGGCUCGACAUGAGUAUAAAGUGGCCAUGGAGUUCACGCAAGGUCAAGAGAUCGCUUCUUAUUUGGCCGCAACGAGUGUUCCCACGAACACACGACCGAUUUCACCGGCGUUGUCCGCUGCCAAUAGCGACACAAAAGCUGGUGACGAUUCCUCCGACUCCGAAUAAUUGAUUCACUUCAUAUCGGAAUACCUCAACGAUCCGUUUUGGAAAAGAAACUCACGGUUGAGCUGACCAUGUUGAUGAAUCCCGUAGGAUUACAAUACUGUAAAUCCAAAUCAGAUUGUUUUAUCAUUUUCGUUGAAUCUGCGGAACAAUUGAAGCGCUCAACAAAGCUUGUUCGGCCUUUGAACGCGUAGUUUAAACGGAUAUCGUGCUAGUCAUUCCUUCGAUUUGAGCAUUUUCUCGGGAAUAAGUGCAAUAUUCUUCGUAGCUUGUGAAGUGAAAUAUCGAAAGCUUGAAUUCGCCACCUCAGACGGUGGCAAGGUUCAGAAACGAGUGAGAUUCUUGAUGUUUUUCUCUUUCGCGAGCCCUCGUUUUUUUUCUAGUUUCGACGGAUUCUGGGAAUAGCAUGUGCAGUACAGUAUUCGCGAAUUUUUUUCUGACGCUGUAAGAAUCUCCACUUGUUACGAAGUCAUACUUCCACGCAGUGUUUCAAGCCAAGUAUAGAUGGAGUGUGUGAUCUUCGACGAACCGACAAGGAUCUCGUAAAUUUAUUCAAAUCAGUAACAGUGCGAUUUUGAUCUCUCCUAGAAAGCUGGUAAUCGUGAUGUGAUGCAGAAAUAAUCAGGAUCAAUCGUUGAGAGAAAGUGUUUUUACAUUUGUGCCAUGUUCUUGUCGGUACGACUUUUUUUUUUGAGCGUGGCGGAUCUAAUGACCAAGCGCUGCCAUGCUGUCUUUCGCGUAAUAGCGAUAUUCGACAUAUUGAUGGUCGACAAAUAUCGCUUAUUGGAUGCAAUAGUCAUUCGUGAUUUUCGGUUAUGCAAUAAGAACAUAGCGCUUCGUUGCCUCGUUAUUUCGCUUUAGCAUUUUAUUCGGUGACCAUCCUGUGUCUUAUAGUGGUGUCAGUGAUGGAGCAUUAUCGGUGUUGACAUUUUGUUUAUGGAAUAAAUCUUUCGUUGCCAGA